UUGAAUUAAUUGAAUAGACAAAAAAUGGUCCAUAAAUGUAAAACAACCAAUGACAAAUAAAGAGUUUUAAGAAUUGUACAAAAUCGCAGCGACGCAGCUCAUCCGCUUGUUAAUUUUUUUUACCGUUUGACUGACACUUCCUUAGUGAGCUGCGAUUGUGUCACCGCGUGGUUUGGUGUGAUUAAUUCCAGUUUCAUUCUCACAACUUAUCCUAAAAUGGCCAUCCACAUCAAAGACGCCGACGACCUGAAGACCAGGCUGUCCGAGGCCGGCGACAAGCUGGUGGUCAUCGACUUCAUGGCCACCUGGUGCGGGCCCUGCAAGAUGAUCGGGCCUAAAUUAGAGGAGCUGGCCAACGAGAUGGCCGAUUCACUGGUCGUGCUUAAGGUGGACGUAGACGAGAACGAGGAGAUCGCAGCGGAAUACAACGUCAACUCCAUGCCCACCUUCGUGUUCUUGAAGAACUCCAAGAAGCUGGAGGAGUUCUCCGGCGCCAACGUCGACAAACUCAAGAACACCAUCCUCAAGUUGAAGUAGAGCGUUGGCAACGGACUGUGUACUCGGGGAUAGGGUUAGACCUAAAAGUACACUUUAAUAACAAAUAACACGUUUUUAUAUAGAUACUAGCGCAAAUCGAACAUUAAAAGCCAGAGGGCCUUGCAAGCCCUGAAGAAAUUGCAUAUGCUUGAAAAAAAUUCCACCCAUGCCGCUUUGACCCGGGUGGUAGGCAUCUGUCGCGAAUGCAGAACUCUGGUUUGAUACCAGCCCUGGGAACUGAGGCGUUAGUCAUAUGUUCAUUCGUAUAUGACAUCUAUUUCAGUUUACAAAAAAGCUUUGCAAACAAUACCUAAUACGUUCGUAGCUUCUUGUUUAAAGUUAAUGUCUGGUUAGAUUUAAUACUUUGUUCAGUACAAUACUGUGAAAAAUGAUUGAUUAAAUAAAUUAUACAACACCUAAAAAUGACCCCUGUCACCUAAAACUUUACCUUAAAUGAGUAAUAUAAGAGUUCAAAAUCAAAUAACGUGCGUUUCGUGAGGGUCACAUCAUUCUUAAUCUAAUUGAAGGGCAUAACAUUCCAUUUAAUGCCACUCAAAUAUAAGCAUAAAACCAAUGGGCGACAGGUCUAACCCUACGAACGAGGAUGGAACCAUCCUAUAUGCACUAAAGGCCCCAAAAUAUUUUAUUUAUUUAAAAAGGUCACAAUCUCUGGUAGAUUCAGCUUUUUGGUGUGAUUUUUUGCGCAUAAUAUUUUUUUUAGUUUUCACCGAUAUAAUUAUAUGCCGAAAGUGUCUUAAGCUAGCACAUGAAAGGGUACGAUGGUCCGUUGUGUUGCAUUUUGCGUACUUAUGUUACGUUACAAAGUAUUGUUAUUAUCAAUAAAUAAUCGUGAAGACA